UGCCUUUGAAGCUCGAAUCUUUGAGAUCAGAGCUCGCGAGGGAGAUAGAGCGCGCUAGGGUUUUUUGCAGUUCCGUCCGGGUUCGCUGUUGCCUUCGAUUUUAGGGUUUAGGUUCUCUAAUUGGAUUCGGAGGCUACAAUUUCUGCUCUCUAGAGUCAAUUUAGGUUGUCGGGAUCUGCGUGAUUUCGACGAUGUAUAGCGGAUCUAGCGAUGGCGAGAGCCUCGACACCUCGAUUCAGAGGAAGGUUCCGCCGCCUUCUUCCAUGCUUUGGGUCAGAAAUUUACGACGGUACAUUGGGUCUGGUACUGGACUGGGAUCCGAAGCUCUAAUGGAGCUUGAGACGAAGAGAAUUUUGCUUGAAAUAUUCAAAGAGAAGCAGCAAAAAAGCCUUGAAGCAGGCACAGUACCGAGUUUCUACAAGAAGAAGCCAGAAGAAGGAUCUAUCAGUCACAGGGUCCAAAGGCUUGCAAAAUACCGGUUUUUGAAGAAACAAUCAGAUCUUUUGUUAAAUACUGAUGAUUUGGAUGCUAUGUGGGUUUGCUUGAGAGAAAACUGUGUGAUUGAUGAUGCCACUGGUGCGGAAAAGAUGAAUUAUGAAGACUUCUGCCACAUUGCCUCUGUAUGUACAGAACAAAUCGGUCCCAAAUGUCGCCGGUUUUUCAGCCCAUCAAAUUUUAUGAAGUUUGAGAAAGAUGAAGCUGGAAGGAUUGCCAUUCUGCCCUUCUACCUUUAUGUGAUGCGCACAGUAUCGCUUACACAGGCCAGAAUUGACAUGAGUGAGCUUGACGAAGAUUCUGAUGGUUUCCUUCAACCUCAUGAAAUGGAGGCCUAUAUUCAUGGUCUGAUUCCUAAUCUGGCUCAACUAAGGGACAUGCCUCCAGCAUUUGCUCAAAUGUAUUGCCGCAUAGCAGCCCACAAAUUUUUCUUCUUCUGUGAUCCCCAUAGACGAGGGAAAGCCUGUAUUAAGAAGAUCCUACUCAGUAACUGUCUGCAGGAACUAAUGGAAUUGCAUCAGGAAAGCGAGGAAGAAGUCACUGACACUGAACAGGCAGAGAAUUGGUUCUCUUUAACGUCAGCUCAACGCAUAUGCGAUAUGUUUCUCGCACUCGAUAAAGAUAUGAAUGGAUCACUGAGCAAGCAAGAACUCAAAGAAUAUGCUGAUGGGACAUUGACUGAGAUUUUCAUUGAAAGAGUGUUUGAUGAGCAUGUCCGGCGUGGGAAAAGCGGUGGAGGACAUGCCCGAGAGAUGGACUUUGAGAGUUUCCUCGACUUUGUUCUUGCUCUGGAGAACAAAGACACUCCAGAGGGGUUAACAUAUUUAUUUCGCUGUCUCGAUCUCCAUGGGAGGGGCUUUCUCACUACUGCUGAUAUUCACACACUUUUCAGAGACGUUCACCAGAAAUGGAUAGAGGGAGGGAACUACGAGCUGUGCAUAGAGGACGUAAGAGACGAGAUCUGGGACAUGGUGAAGCCUGGUGACCCGUUAAAGAUCACUUUAGCAGAUCUACUGACGUGUAAACAGGGCGGGACCGUGGCCAGCAUGCUCAUUGACGUCCGAGGUUUCUGGGCUCAUGACAACCGCGAGAACCUUCUGCAGGAAGAAGAGGAACCCCCCGAGGAAGAACAGCAGUGACCGUUUACGAAACACGGCAUUGGAACCACCAUUGUCUCGGAAUCUCGGUGGCCGAGGAGGCGGCUUGCGAGUUUUGUGGUGGAAGAAGCAUGAUCGUGUGUUAAAAAGUGUUUGUGUUUAAUGUCUGAUGUGUGUUUGUUUUCUGUGUAAGAAACCGGAGGCUGGUGGAUUGAAACUAAACUUAGUGGAAACGAAAUCGCUGUCUAUAUAGUUGGUUCCCUCCCAAGAGGAAUGUUUCUCUGGUGAUAAUUA